UAGCUUUAAACAUGGUCAAGGUCACGCUGAGCUCUGUUCGCUUGAACGAUCUUUUCACGAAACGUGUGAAUCACACUCUUCAAGUUAUCGGCUAAUAUCUUGUCUCCAAAAUGUCUGACGUGCCUGAAGGUUGGGAAGAGCGAACCUCACGAUCCACGGGACAAUCCUACUUUAUCAACCAAUAUACCAAAGAAUCUCAAUGGGAUCGACCAACCAAACCGGCCGAGAAGUCGUCGCAAGAGAAAGUUGAGGCGAGUCAUUUGUUGGUCAAGCACAAGGACUCCAGACGACCAAGCUCGUGGCGAGAGGAGAAUAUCACCCGAACCAAAGAGGAAGCCCUAGAGAUCCUGGAAGGUUAUCGUGAAGAGAUUACCUCCGGCAAAGCCACUUUUGCGGAACUGGCUUCAAAGUACUCUGAUUGCUCUUCUGCUAAACAUGGAGGCAAUUUGGGCCCAUUUGGUCGCGGGCAAAUGCAGAAACCUUUCGAAGACGCCACCUUUGCUUUGCCGGUGGGUGAGAUGAGCGAGCCCGUAUUUACGGAUUCGGGUGUUCAUAUCAUCUUGAGGACGCAAUAAGCUUCGACAGGCCGAAACAUUCCUUUGGACUUCUCUGACGAGGAACCCUAGUAUCGUUUUCAUUUCCUCUAAACUCUACUUCUAUGUCUGAUGUUACUACGCUUGCGAAAAAAAACCACCAUAAAAACGCCAA